AUGGAAAAGUUCCUCCGCACCUGGCGCCAGGAUGCGUUGAACCGGGGCCAGCAUGACACUGCCAUUUGGACUGGAGAUAAGGUAUUGGCUUUAACAAACAGCGACGCGGACGCAUUUUGGCUGGCUCAGGUCCAUUUCAAUAACAACAACUAUACACGGGCGUUAGCUCUCCUCUCUCGCAAAGAUUUGAUCUCCCGAAGCACAUCUUGCAAAUACCUCGCUGCGCACUGCUACAUCAAGCAAAAUAAAUUUGACGCUGCGCUGAACGUCCUUGGAGACCAGAACCCAACCCACCUCAUCAGCACCACCGGUCAUAGUCGUCGCAAAAUACAACACCUCAAUGGACACAGCCAUGUUACCCUCAGGAACGGAAAGACUGCUGCAUCAAGGGAUCGAGCCGAUAAGAGUGAGGAGCGAGAUCGAGAAGACCCCAACAAUGUGCGGUUCGAGGCAGCAAUGUGCUAUUUGCGCGGACUCUGCUACGCAAAGCAGAACGCUUUUGACCGGGCCCGCGAUUGUUACAAAGAUGCUGUGCGAAUAGAUGUCCAAUGCUUCGAGGCCUUUGAUCAACUGAUGAAAAACUCGCUUAUGUCUCCUGCGGAGGAGCUCGAAUUCUUGGAAUCCUUAGAUUUUGACUCGAUUACAGUGCCUUCCGAUCCUUCUAUAUCGCAAGAGGCCGCCCACUUUGUGAAGAUGCUUUAUACCACCAGGCUUUCCAAAUAUACUUCCCCAGCAACCAUCUCCGAUGCAACUGAGACACUUUCUACCCAUUACAACCUUGCGAAUAACCCCGAUAUUCUUCUUUCUCGAGCAGAGGCCCUCUAUACACAGUGCCGUUUCGCCGAGGCUUUGGAGCUCACCUCUUCUAUUCUCACUACACCGGAAUCAGGAACCGUCGCGACCGGUUCUCCAAGAGUCCCUGGUCAGAACCUAGGUCAUUCCCCGGCUGUAUAUCCCCUUCAUCUUGCCUGUCUCUAUGAAACAGGCGCUGUCAACGCAUUGUUUUUGCUGGCACAUACAUUGGCAGAUAAUGCCCCAGAAGAGCCUUAUACCUACCUUGCUAUUGGAGUAUACUAUCUCUCAGUUUCUAAAAUUGCUGAAGCCCGACGAUUCUUCUCGAAGGCUUCAUUGUUAGAUCCUCAUUCUGCUCCUGCAUGGAUCGGGUUUGCUCAUACUUUCGCGGCUGAGGGUGAACAUGAUCAAGCUAUCGCCGCCUACAGCACUGCAGCACGAUUAUUUCAAGGCAGCCACCUCCCACAAUUGUUCCUUGGAAUGCAGCACCUAGCGCUAAAUAACAUGUCACUUGCGCAUGAAUAUCUAUGCGCGGCUUACACAAUGUCUUCAGGGUCAUCCGCUGGGUCGGCGGGAAUUCCCAGCACGGUUCCUCACGGCCUUCCGCCACUAGGAGGCGACCCCUUGGUGCUCAACGAACUAGGUGUGGUUUUCUACCACCAGGCUCACCUGGAUGUUGCUGCAGACUUAUUCCGUCAAGCUCUUGCGCUGGCAGGGUCCUUACAAUGUGAUCCUGGAGCUUGGGUUGCAACACGCGCUAACCUGGGCCAUACCCUGCGCCGCAUGGGAAGCCUCGACGAAGCUCUGAAAGAGUUCGAUGAGUGUCUCCGGGUUGGAGCUGGAGGAGGUUCGACGGGUUACAGCGCAACCAUAGGCGGUGUCACGACUACUUCGGUAGGGGUUGCUGGUUAUGAAGAUCGGGGUUUGAUCGGGUCUCUCCAUACAUCACGCGGUCUUAUAUAUUUACAGCAGGGAAGAACGGUGGAAGCUGUUACCGUGUUGCAUGAGGCUGUUCGAGUACUUGGUGUCAGCGGUGGCGAUGCCGCCGGUGGUGCCGGUAUCGCAGGCACUAUCUUGUCACGAGCCUUGGAACUAUGGUCCUUAGAAGGUCGCGGGAAACACGUUCAGCCAGGAAGCAGCAGACGGGGGAAAGAAAAGACAGGAAUGCAUUUUCGAGAGAAUGUAGAUGUCGGAGAAAGCUGGACAGAUAACGUCGUUGACAGUGGCACAAUGGAGGAAAACGUCGAAAUGGAGCUAGACGAGCAGGCUCAAAAUCUAUUAAGCAACGCCCUAACAAGAGUCCGACCUCGACGUGCCGGAAAACAACCUCAAGUGCAAGGGCGCGGAGGGACCGAGCCUCAUGAAGAGAUGGAACUGGAGGAACCGACAGAGAGCAGAAGUCGGGGUGGCUCACGGCCGAUCAGUGGUCGGCGAAGUCCAACACGUAGAGUGCAGCCAAGACACCCUGGUAACGGUUGA